CUUCAGAUGAGUCAGAACCAGAUGCUGCGCUGACAGAUUAUGUCUCAGCUGGCUUCGUUAAAAGCUCCUAAAUGUUUGCAGAAGAGCCAUAAAUAAGACAUCAGUUUCUGCGGCGCGUCGUAAAUAAAGUGAUGUAAGUUUAAAUAAACGUGAAGCUUCGAGCUCAGCAGGAGGAAGCUGGAAGGACAAAGCAAAGAUCACUUCUGCUGGGGCUGAAAGAGGAAGACUUCAGCUGCAGGCUACACACACACACACACACACACACACACACACCGUUUCCCUUUUAUCAGCAGGGUUCAGUGUGUGAUGUUGAGCAGCAGCAUCAGUCUCGCCACCGCUGCUCCCUCGCUGCAUCACGAACAUCAGCCCUACUUCUGUCCGCCGCAGAAAGUGAAACAAGAUGAACCUCUCCAAUGACUCCAUUUCUCCAGCCUAUGAAUAUUAUGAGAACUACCCUGAUUAUGAACCGUGCCCUUUCAGUAACAACAACAGUGUGAACGCUGUGGUUGGUCCUUACAUUCACUCCAUCAUCUGCAUCCUGGGCUUGGUGGGGAACAGCCUGGUCAUCCUCACCUAUGCCCUCUACAAGAGAACCAAAUCCAUGACUGACGUCUACCUGCUCAAUGUGGCCAUCGCUGACCUGCUGUUCGUGCUGGCUCUACCUUUCAUCGUCUACAACGAGCUGUACUCUUGGCCGAUGGGGCAGGUGGCCUGUAAGCUGCUCAUCAUGAAGCCCCAGAGGACCAUGAGGUGA